UUUUGAUCCUGUCAAUGUCAUUCCCUCAUCUCAUCGCAUCUGAAUAUAUCUCAUGCAGAAAAAGAAGACCGUGCGUUGAAAUCUAGCAAGGACGAGAUCCAAGCAACUUUGUUUUCCUUGCCAGAAUUUGCGCUCUUCUUACUAUCAUCAAGAUACUAAAUGGAAUAUCGAUGGACGAAUGGUAGGCAGGAAACCGGUGGCCGUGACAGAAGGCAAUCUAAAAGGGAACAGGCAUAUCAGGACUCUCUUAUUGAGGAUUUGUCAGAGGAUUUUAGUUUGCCAAUCAACCACAGGCCAACAGAAAAUGUUGAUCUGGAUAACGUGGAGCAAGCAUCUUUGGACACACAGAUAACAUCAUCUAAUAUUGGCUUUAAGCUCCUCCAAAAGAUGGGAUGGAAAGGAAAGGGUCUUGGGAAGGAUGAACAAGGAAUCAUUGAGCCAAUAAAAUCUGGAAUUAGAGAUCCAAGACUGGGGGUUGGCAAGCAAGAAGAAGACGAUUUCUUUACCGCAGAAGAAAAUAUCCAGCGAAAAAAACUGGAUGUUGAGUUGGAGGAGACAGAGGAACAUGUGAAGAAGCGGGAGGUCUUAGCUGAACGUGAACAAAAAAUUCAAACUGAAGUGAAAGAAAUCCGAAAGGUGUUCUAUUGUGAUCUCUGCAACAAGCAAUACAAAUUGGCAAUGGAAUUUGAAGCACACUUGAGCUCUUAUGAUCACAAUCACAGAAAGCGUUUCAAACAAAUGAAGGAAAUGCAUGGUGGUAGUAGUCGGGAUGAUAGGCAAAAGCGAGAACAGCUGCGUCAAGAGAGAGAAAUGGCAAAGUUUGCUCAAAUUGCUGAUGCUCAAAAACAGCAACAACUUCAACUGCAACAAGAGUCUGGAUCAGCAACAGUACCCUCGGAAUCUAAAACUGCUACUGCACUUACAGAUCAGGAGCAGCGAAAUACUUUGAAGUUUGGGUUUUCUUCUAAAGGCAGUGCUUCCAAGAUUACGUUUGGAGCCAAGAAGCAAAAUGUUGCAAAGAAGCAAAAUGUUCCGAUCUCUUCUAUAUUCAGUAAUGAUAGCGAUGAAGAAUAAUGGAACAUUACUCGUGAACUGACAUACCGGCAUGAUGGCGUAUUUCCUGUGUGGUUUGGCUUGUGUUAACUGUUUUAUUUAAUAUUUGUCGCCAUCCUCAGUUCAAGAGGAAGAAAACAUUUGGGAUUACAUGAUAGUUUGGAGUUUGGUAGACCAAAAAUGUUACCUGCUUAUCUGUGAGAUCAUGUUAUGUGUGCAAGGAUUUUAUGUUUACGUGAGUACCGUGGUUAUGUUAGCUUCCAUUGUUCCCAUUAUUGAUACUUGAAUCACGAUGCCUAGCCCAUGGCUAA